CCCAACCCCAAGCCGCCCCCGGCUCAAGGACGCACCGAUCGAACAGGGGGAUGCAGCGGCAGUGAUGAUCUAUGGCGCAGGCGCAGCCCGUGCCGGCGAACUCCCCCGGGUCCGGAGACGCCGCGACCCGCCGUCGCCUCCACCGCACGAGGAGGAGGAGCAUCUUGCUGAACCUGCAUCAUCAUCAUCUGCACAAACUCGGCACACCGUCCUUGAAUGAGUCGCUCAGCGCUUCGGUGUCGGAGGCAGUAGCUCCUGGUUCACCUAUUUUGUCCCGGCUACCGCGUGACUGGGGGCUCCAAUUCUACAUCAUGGUGGAUCUUUCAGGAUCUUUCCACACGUAUCCUCAUUUGGGCGGGCCAUUCAAGAGCUUGCAGGAAGCUGACAAUGCUAUUGAUCGCCAUCUGCAUGACCGCCGGGUCACCAAAAUGUGCCCGGAGCAAGGCAGCGCUUCUCGACUGGAUAAGGUCGUACAACAAUGUCUUUACUGGCCUGAUGGCAGAAGGAAGAAGCGUUCAAAAUCUCAUGUGGUUGAGCAAAGCCAUAAUCGGAUGUGCCUAUUGGCUCAAGCUUUAGUAGACAAGUAUAACGAGAAUCACAAUCUUUUGGGGGAUCUUGCAAAUGAGCUCAAAGACGUUGUGCAAUAUCAAUCAAUUUGUGAGAACCGCGUGUGGUACUAUCAUCUCAAUAUCACUACAAGGGCUAAAGGAGCUGAUGGUGUCCCCCAUGGCGUCGACGAUCUAUUCUUCGCGGAAAUUAAACGUGUGCGACAGGGACAACAUGAAGAAUUGGUGGUCAGCUGUUUCUGCAUGCUCAAACCGACUGAUAACGGUUGCUGCUAUGGUUGUACCAACAACGGAUCUCCUGAUAUGAAGCACCCCAGCAGCACUGACAAAUACAUUGCUGGUCACUUGAAAGUGUAUCUGCCAUUUGGAUGCCGUAGGGAGUUUAGCGACACCGAUGAUGAGGAGGAAGCUGAGGCUAAGCUAAGAGAUAUGUAUGAGGGCCUUGAUGAACCAGAUUUUCUAGAGAAGCUCUUCACAUUCCCCACUUAUGUAACUCUGAGGAAAGACAGGAAGGGAACCUGAAGCCGAAAGACCGGACUCGAGGGCGUCAGAGCAAAACGGCAUUGCGCAUUUUAUUUAUCUUCUGGUGGUUCAAUU